AUGGAACUAAAUGCGGGAGUUGAUGUUUCCCUUGGCGAAAAGACUUUAUUGCCAAACAGUAGGCCAGGGGGUGACAGUAGUACAAAAUCUGAAGAUGAUGAGAAUGCUGCAAAGUCACCCUUAUUUGCGACAACGUUACUUUUCAACGAUUUUCAUCGGGAUCUCAUUCACUUUGUUGCUUUCGAUUUUCACGGAAGACGGAUGGCCACUGUUUCAAGUGACUCAAUGAUAUGCAUUUGGGAGAUUGGAACGAACGGAGCAGUUACAAAAUCAGCUUGUUGGAAAGGUCAUGGUGGUCCAGUUUGGAAGAUUCAGUGGGCUCAUCCAGAAUUUGGUCAGAUAUUGGCUACAUGUUCUUUUGACAGAAAUGUUACCAUCUGGGAAGAAGCCGCUAAAACGGAUUUGGACGAAGCAACUCGAUUAAAACCUGGCGAAAAAUUUGAGAAACGUCAGUGGAAAAAAGCUGGUUAUUUAGUGGAUACGCUGAAAGACAAUGUUAUAGAUAUUAAGUUUGCACCGCGUCAUCUUGGGCUCAUGAUUGCUACAUGUUCAGCGCAGGGGGUUUUGAGGACUUAUGAGGCUCCAGAUAUCAUGAAUCUAUCGCAGUGGAAUCUGCGAGAGGAAGUUCGUCUAUUCGAGACGCGUUGCAGUACAAUAUCAUGGAGUACAAAUCGUUUAACAAGACCUUUAAUUGCUGCUUGUUCGGACGAAAUUAACAUCAAAGGGCCAAGUAUUGGAAUUGUUGAAUAUCACGAAAACUUUAGGCAAAUUUUUUUUCUCGUUUAUUUCAGGAAGUGGCAACCUGUCAAUGCCCCUGUUUUUGAAGAGCCAUGUGCCGUUUCGGAUGUAGCAUUUGCUCCAUCUGUUGGUCGUUUAUAUCAUGUAUUGGCAGUUGCAGCAAGAAAUGUCUAUGUAUACAAGAUGACUAUUAAGGAUAAUUCUAAAGAAUCUGAUGUGGAUAGUGUCUCUCCUAGUAAUUAUGUGAUUGAGCUUCUUGAUGUUUUGAAAACAUCUGUUCCAACUUUUGUUCAGGUAUGUUUAUUUUUAACCGAACUCGCUGUCUCAUCUGUACUGUGGCGACUUUCGUGGAAUAUAACUGGUACGGUUUUGUCAGUAGCGAGUUCGGAUGGGAAUAUUCGCAUAUGGAAAGCGUCUUUUAUGAAAAAAUGGGUGCUUAUUGGCACUAUAAAAACGACAGAUACUGGGAAGGUGAGGUCUGAUGAUUCUACUACGAUAUCACUUUCUGCUUUAGCAAAGCAAAAUGGCGAAAGAAAUGGAGGUAUCGCCUGCGAAGCAAGUUGUAUUUUCCAGUCACGGACUUUUUUUCUUCUGUUUGGUAUGAUUACUGUAUUUCUUUGCUCAUUUGAAGUGAAAAAUUUGGAUGCACUUUAUGAUUCAUUAUUUUAUGUUUGCCAGGAUGGAGAAGGCUCUCUUUUUUUUGUCUGCUCCGUAUUUAUCUCAAAUUCUGAUUUCGGGUUAGUAGGUGGUGACGCAGUUGCUUUAAACUCAGGUAUGGCUGCUGUUUCACCGGUCUGUUCAGAACUAGACAAAUUAGUUGACACUUGGCUGAAAUGGGAUAAGAAUGAAAAGACUCGAAAAGAAAUUGAAGAACUCCUGGACAAGGGGAAUACUACGGAACUUUGCUCGUUGAUGUGUGGGAAGCUCGUUUUUGGAACUGCUGGUGUUCGUGCUCGUAUGGGACCUGGUUUCAAACGCCUGAAUGACUUGACUAUCUUGAUGCUGACGCACGGUUUUGCUGUGCAUUUGAAGGAGUUUUACAAACGAGACAACAUUCAAGUAGCAAUCGGCUAUGACGGCCGGCAUAAUAGUCAGAGGUGGGGUAUGUUAGCCGCAAAUGUUUUUGUUUGUAACGGUAUUAAAGCUUACGUGUUUUCUGAAGUUUGUCCAACACCUUUUGCGCUACUUGAUGUUCAUGAAGAAGAAAUUAUACGUAUUGCUUUUGAAAGUCCUGAACCGAAGCCUGAGUAUUGGGAUUUGUCGGAAUUGAAGAGGAAGCCGUUGUUCAAAUCUGCAGAUAUAGUAAUAGAACAGUAUUAUGAAGACGAACAACUUUUGUCGCGCCAUAAGUGUUUAAAUCAGAAGUGCCCAAUUAAAUUCACGUACUCUGCUUUUCAUGGCGUUGGCUUGAAAUAUGCACUGCAGUUACUGCAAAAGUUUGGCUUUGCUUCAGGAAAUGUCGUUGUUGUUAAGGAACAAGCUUAUCCGGACCCAAAUUUUCCUACUGUUUCAUCACCCAACCCAGAAGAGGGUCGCAAAGUGUUACAGCUGUCUAUAGAAACUGCUGAUAAGAAUAAUUCAACAGUUAUUCUUGCCAAUGAUCCUGAUGCCGAUCGUUUCCAGUUGGCUGAGAAACAACCUGAUGGCGAGUGGCACGUUUUUACCGGAAAUGAAAUGGGUACCUUAUUGACUUGGUGGGUAUGGAAGUGUUGGAAGGAAGAAAACCCAAACAAGGAACCAUCAGACGUUUACAUAUUGAACAGUGCUGUUUCGUCUUCGAUUGUCAGGACCAUAGCUGCAAAAGAGGGUUUCAAGAACGAGCUGACUCUAACUGGUUUCAAAUGGAUGGGCAACAAAGCUGAUGAAUUGGAGAAACAGGAUAAAAAAGUGCUUCUAGCUUGGGAAGAGUCUAUUGGAUUUAUGUUGGGACACCCUCGCGAUAAAGAUGGAGUCACAGCUGCAGCUGUUUUUGCGGAAGUAGCAUCUUUUCUGAAUUCUCAGGGGCUGACUUUAAAAAAACAGUUAUUUAGUAUUUACAAUCAGUACGGUUUUCACCUUGCGCGUAGCUCAUACUGGUUUGUGCCCUCGCCUGAUGUAACGAAAAAAAUAUUUGGAAAAUUAAGAAAAGAUAUGAAAUUUCCAUCAGCUAUUGGCAAAUACAAAGUGAAGUAUGUCAGAGAUUUGACAAUUGGUUACGAUAACGAACAGCCAGGGAAUAAACCUGUGUUGCCUCUAAGUAAGUCAUCAGAAAUGAUGACCUUUACCUUUGCUGAUGGUAGUUUGGCUACCGUACGAGCGAGUGGCACGGAACCGAAGCUAAAGUAUUACAUUGAAUUGAAAACUGGACCAGGAAAAGAUGAGAGGCUAGCUUAA